AUGGAGAUGGAAGGGAACUCGCUGCCGUCGCCGGCGUGCCCAGACGGCAGGAAGCGGCGCGUGUGCUACUACUACGACCCUGGCAUCGCCAACGUGGACUACGGUGAGCAGCACGUGAUGGUUCCCCGCCGCGUUGCCAUGACGCACGGCCUCGUCACCAACUACCGCCUCCUCCGCGACAUGGAACUCCUCCGCACCAGACCCGCCACCGAGGACGAGCUCGCAGGCAUCCUCACCGACGACUACCUCCGCCUCCUCCGCAACCUCACCCCGGGCACCUACCGAGCCGACACGGCGCGGCGGCACCACAUCGGCGCCCUCGCCGGCGACGAGCGCAACGAUAACCCGGUCAUCGACGGCCUCUGGGACUACUGCGCGCGCUACGCCGGCGGGUCGCUGGCCGCGGCGCGCGCGCUCGGGAGCGGCAGUUCCGACAUCGCCAUCAACUGGUCCGGCGGGAUGCACCACGCCUGCAGCGGCGAGGCCAGCGGCUUCUGCUACGUCAACGACAUCGCGCUCGCCAUCAUGGAGCUCCUGGCCACCUUCCCCCGCGUGCUGUACGUGGACAUCGACGUGCACCACGGCGACGGCGUCGAGAAGUACUUCGCGGCCGACGGCAGGGUCAUGACGGUCUCCUUCCACCAGUACGGCCGCGGCGGCAAGGGGAGCGACACGUUCUUCUUCCCGGGGACCGGGAGCGCCGAGGACGUCGGCGAGGGCGCGGGGAAGUACCGCACGCUGAACGUGCCAAUGAAGGCCGGCAUGGACGACGCCGGGUACAAGGAGCUGUUCGUGCCCAUAAUGAGGGAGGUCAUGGGGGUGUUCCGGCCAGACGCCAUCGUGCUGCAGUGCGGCGCCGACUCGCUCUCCGGCGACCGGCUCGGGGAAUUCAACCUUUCCGUCAGGGGCCACGCGGAGUGCGUCAGUUACCUCCGGAGUUUCAACGUGCCGCUGCUGCUCCUCGGCGGAGGCGGUUACACCAUCAACCACGUCGCGUCGUGCUGGUGCUACGAGACCGCGGUCGCCGUUGGCAAAGAGAAUGAGAUCCCCGACGACAUACCCCACCAUGGCUACGAGCACUACUACAAGGACCAGGGAUACAAGCUCCACUACGGGGUGAGCAAGGUGGGGAGAAACGCCAGCACGAAGGAGUACAUGGACAACAUAAGGAAUGAAGCUCUCAAGAACGUGCAGAACCUUCAUGAGCUCUUGAAGCGCGGCGUUGCUCGGAGCGUGCAGUUCAAGGACGUCGACGACCGGGAACUCUACAAGAAGAAGCAGCGUCCAAAAAAGAGAAGCAACAGAGAUGAAGAGGACCCCAUGGACAGGCUGCACCGGCUGUGCGGCGAGGCGGACGUCCGCAACUUCUUCGCCAGGUUGGGAGACGAAAAUAUACGAGGAACAGAUUCUUCGCCAGGCCACCAAGCAUUUUGCGCCGGAGACACGGUCGGUGGAAGCCCAGAGGAAGGCGCGACGCAGCUUGUCGAGGGUCGUGAUAACUCCGGGUGGCAGCUCCAGCACGCCCAUGGAGAAGGUGGGGAGUGCGUCAAGCACGGCAUUGAUCAAGAUGAUGCGGCCUCCCGGGGACAGGAGGAACGCCCGCCAGCCCGAGAGAUAUUUAUCCACCUUGGCAAUGAGCGGCGUGAAAGCCGCGAGCCGGAGUUUCUCGGCGGAGAGAGGCAGGCCGAGGUACAUCUGAGGGAAGCCCUCCACGCGGCAUUGGAGGACUCCCUGGAUCUCGCUCAGCAGCAGCGGAUCCACGCUGCUCGCUCCACGUCGCUCUCGGGCACCCACCGGGCGACUUUGCUCCGCCUGCUACCUCUCUACCGCGCUGUCUCUCGCGUGCGGAUCGGGGACGGCAAGUGGACUUCCUUCUGGCACGAUCACUCGCUGCCUCGAGGCACCCUGGCGUCCGCCAUGCCGGAGCUGUUCUCCCACUGUUAG